AUGCCAUAUUCUACGCCUAUCGAGAAUGAGUUGAAGAUAGGUGGAGAACCGAUGAUUAAGGAAAAAAGUUUGGAUUUUAUUGAUGACAAAGAGCAUAGUCUUCUUAAAGAAUCAUAUAGAAUUGAAAUAGUUCCGGUUGAACAUCCACGUUGGGAGUUUCAACUUCAUAUUCAUCUGAAAUAUUGGUUUGAUAUGCUAUAUUAUAAAGAAGCUAAGAAUGGUGAAGAUAAAAAAGCUAUAAUAAAGAUUGCUCGAGAAUACGUCAACGGCGUGAGAAGUUCAUACAUGCCCUCAUGUCCCAAGACUUCGUUAACUCCUCAUCCUUCGAGAAAUUACUGCAAGUACCAUCCAACUUGCGUUUCAACGCCAGAUGUCUAUUGCAAUAAGGGCAAGCGAAGUACUGCACCUGUUAAUUGUAAUUGGUAUGCUGAGGAUGAACACCACGUGAGAACAGUGAAAAAGAGUGAUCAGUAUAUCAUCCUUUCACGACAACAACACGUUAGAAAUCUUCUUAUUUCGCCUAUUAACCAUAGAACCAACAGGGGUCUGAUUAAAGAUACAUCAUUUUGGGAAUGGUUCUUGGGAGAUGCGAUAAACAAAUUCUUGUUAAUAAUUUGUAAAAAGCCUUAUUCAGUAGAACGCUUCGCUAUUAAUUUUGGAAGAUGGGAGUCUGAAUCAUCGAAAGACGAGAAUGUAGUAGAAUGCCAUGGUCAUUUCCACCUACAUAUUACUAAAGAGGUAGUAGAUAAAAUGGAACAAAAGAAAGAUAUUAAUGGCUAUGCCAUGUAUCCUGCUAUGCAUGGAAAGGUUAAUGAUCCUAUCCAGUACGGCCUGAAGAAUUGUAAAAAACUGGAAACGUCGAGAUUAUCUGGUUUAGAAAUAGUCAGUAUUAACCAAGAGUUGGUUGUUUUAAACAGAAAGCUGGAUGAAAUGGAUAAAAAGUUCGAUAAAAAAUUCGAUGAAAUGAAUAAAAAGUUGAUCACUUUUAUGGAAUCGUUCUCAAGUUUGAAGACAGAGAAAGGGAGUCUCGUUAAUAAUUAA